AUGCAGCAGCAGCAGCAGCAGCAGAUGCAGCAGCAGAUGCAGCAGCAGCAGAUGCAUCAGGAGCUGCAGCAGAUGCAACAGCAGCAGAUGCAACAACAUGCAUGCCGUGUCUCAUUUGCUGCUGUCCUUAACAAUGCUGCUAAAGCGCUGAGUCAGCAGCAGCAGCAGCAGCAGCAACAGCAGCAACAGCAGCAGCAACAGCAACAGCAGCAGCAACAGCAACAGCAGCAGCAACAGCAGCAAAUUUAG